UUUUUUACGGUAGAAUUCUUUCGUGUUCUUCCAUCCUUGCUCCCUCUGCCUUCCAACCUCUUGCGACUUCUGAAACACAUCCAUUACGUUUUUAACAACGCACCGUACGUGACCCUGACUCACAUUAGCGACCAGAGACAGACCGAUGGUAAAACGAGACAACGAAUUCAAAUGACCUUGCGAUCCUUACCGAUGCUAAUUUUUUUAUCGAAUGCACCUACGCAACUUUACGCUAAGGAAAAUUUCGUUUCUUUAACGUAAAUGCAAUUCACCUUCGCUAAAAGGGUGUGAUUCAUAAACAAUCCAACACACUUUCAACACACUUUACAUUACACCAUUGCUCUUUCAUCCGUUUUGACUUCCACCAUAUUCCAAAAGUAAUAAAUUUGUUUUUCAUUUAAAUGUUGUCUCAGAAUUGCUGAGGUUCCCAUUGUCGUUCUUGGUUGUUGCGUUGUGGCUUUUCUCUUCUUUAUACUACUACGCAUCUAUUAUCGAUAUACCUCAUUUCUCAAUCUACCCUUACUUAGCCUUUCCUAAACAGAAACGGAAUACAAACUGCAAAAAGAUUCGUUUAAAGUUGUUAUUAAACAUUAAUGGCUGUUCAGUCUUUUCCAUAAAAGAAAAAAAAAAAACUAUACUUUGCUAGUACAUUCCUUGGUUUCUUGUUUCUUUUUUGUUAUUGCGCUUAUAGGUGUCCAUCUUUUAAGGAAUUUGGACUCAGAAAUUUUGUUUUUCUUUUUGCUGAUUUGUGUUUCUUAUUUCAUUUCACCGGUUUUUCUUACUUUUUCAAUUUUUUCUAUUUUCCAACUCCAAGCGUUAAAACGCUCUCCAUAAUUUGAAGUUUGUCAAUUCUUCCUCUUCUUCAUUUCUUUCUUAUGAAGUUGCCUUCUUUCUCUUAUCCCCAGUACUCGGGUUUUGUGCUUGAUCAUGAUUAUGAAAUAGAGUUCGCUUCCGCUAAUCCUUCUGAGCAUGACUACCGUGACCCAUCAGGAUCCUUUUCCUCUUCUCACCUUUUUCCUCAAAACCUUAGUCCAAACUCAAACCUUCAUUUCACCCGCCGUCAAGAAGAUUUCGAGGGCUCUUCUCCUGAUUCCGGUAUCUUCGAUACCAAACGGGGAGGCGGUUUUUCUGGCGGUGCCCAUGCUGCAUCGGGUCGUUCGAGUUCGAGCUCGUUUGGUGGAGGAUCUUCCCCCAAGAACGCCGGUGGCUUUGGGUCUUCCACCCGACCCAAAGGGGGCGGUUCCGGUUCUGCUAGAGGAUCUUCCCCCAAAAAUGCAGGUGGUUCUUCUUCUCAUGACUACUAUGAAAAUUCCGGUAAACCGGGAAACCGUGCUAUGGGUACCUACCUCAGUUCUGGCUUGUCGUACUUUGGAACUGCUAGUAUCAUCAAUCAUGCUAUCGAUAAUAAACAGUUUCACCUACUCGACGUAAACACACAAAUAAUCAACAAUACGGAUGUCUCCUUACUAUCUCAAAAAAGCAUCGCUGAUGUUCCAAGCAAUAUGUCGUUUGUUUUUAAGUCUUCUAGUACAGUGGUUUUAAACGAUUUUUACCAAAAAAGCACUCUAGAUAGUGAAGUCAAGGGAUAUUUUUAUCGCUUAACUCCAGCUCAUAAUUGCCAUGAUCCUGAUUCAUUGCAGGCUUCCUAUCAACACACAACCCAUCGGAACGAUGUGUCUGAUCUUCACUCCUUUGGCCUUGUGGCUUUAGCCCCUUUCGACAAAUGUGCAUCAAGUUAUGUUCAACAAGCCAUUUCCGAUGACGCUAAUGCCAUAUUAUUUUAUAAUGCCAGUACACAUACUGAAUCUUCUUCCAAUUUGAAUUCCUUCAGCCAUACGGUUUCGAAAAAUGCUCGAUUAAGCAUUCCAAUGCUACUUAUUUCCCACCCAUACGGUUUAAAAUUUGAAGAUGCACUCAGAUUUUAUUCAGCCUCCAAUAUACAGUCACUUAAUGAUAGUGAUGCUCUUGUUCGUAGAUAUGGCGACAUUAAUGCUAAAGCUAGAAUAGGUACCCCUGUUUAUAGAGGGCAAGGGUCUUAUAAAAGUCUGGCUUGGUUUUAUAUACUUAUAGCUGUCAUUGCUGGUCUUUUCCUUAUAAUCUCUGUCUAUAUUAUACUUCACUUUACAGGACUUUUAGCAGGUUUCUACAGGACUUUACGACGCGCAGGCAUCCCAAUUCCUGAGCGGCUUACGGAACCUAGAAGAAAAAAAAAUCAAUCUCCUGUAAAUAAAGAGUUGUUGAACACUUUCCCUGUUCGUUUAUACACAGUUUCCGGACUAACUCCGCCUUCCGCUACCUUUCAAAACACUAGCGGCUCUGCCUCAAGCACGUCUGGCUCAGAAGAAAAGAAAGAGGAUGCUGGAUUUAAUGCUGUAAGGCCUGUUAAUCAUUAUGAUCAGACUGAGUGUUCUGUAUGUCUUUCCAACUAUUCCGAAGAUCACAGUUUGUACCGGGAACUUCCCUGUCUUCACAUUUAUCACCCCAAUUGUAUCGAUCCAUAUUUGCUGAACAUUUCUGAUAAAUGUCCUCUCUGCAAACAAUCCGUUCUUCCUCCCUCUGUCGAGAAAAUGAUAUAAAUGACCCGCACUCAUAUUUUAUACAUUUAUUUCCAAAAAUUACAACUUCAUCUGCUCCAUAUAUUGGUUAUUUAUUGAAGCAUCAACUUAAUUACGAGAAUUCAGAUGAUUUUCUAACAUUUUUUUGUUGUGGCUUAGGUAUAAAGCUAUGAUUGAUUUCUUGUCUAAUUUUCUGCUUCGUUCUACUAUUUUAUACUUGGACUUUGCGUUGUUAUAUAUUCAAGUCUUAUUUAUUGUAAGAUGCCAUCAUAUACUCUAUUUAUUGCAUACUAUAGGAGGUCUAAUUUUUUUUUCUUUUUUUUGAUAACCUCAGUUUUCUUUAUGGUUUCUAAUGCAAAUGCCUACUAAUAAUACAAACAAAAAACAGCCUCAGUUUGCAUUUUAAAGUAAUAACGUUUAAUAUUUGCUAUAAAUAAUCUAAUAUAUACUUUUGCGAAAAAAACCC